UCUGCAGAAGGUACAGUAUCAAAGCAAUAAUGGCUCUGCAGCGUUACUCUUUUAUUAGUAUUAUGAGGGCAUUAUAGAACAUUUAAUGUAACAAGAAUUUAAAAUAGAUGUUCCAGCAUAAAUCAAAUUAUUGCCAAUUGUUUUUACUAGAUAUUUUUAAUAGGUAUUUCCAGAUGGCUGCUAACAUGACCUCCAUGCAGUCAGUUUCUUCAACCAACACAACAUUUAUUCGUCCCUCCAGCUUUUACAUUAACGGACUUUACAACAUCCCACAUGCAAAGUACUACUAUGUGUUUCUGUGCUUUGUGUAUGCAGUGACUUUGUUGGGGAACUCUUGUAUAAUGGGCACCAUAUACCUGGCACGAAGCUUGCAUACAGCUAAGUAUAUAGCCGUCUUCAAUUUGGCCUUUUCUGAUCUGUGUGGAAGUUCUGCUCUUAUUCCGAAGCUUCUGGACAUGUUUCUGUUUGAGAACCAGUCCAUUUCUUAUGAAGCCUGUCUAACAAACAUGUUUUUUGUUUAUUUUUUUAUGACUCUGCAGUCUCUCACCUUGCUUGCUAUGGCCUACGAUAGGUUAAUUGCCAUAUGCUUUCCUUUAAGAUAUCAUGCAAUUGUCACCAAAACAACAAUGACUUUGAUCAUUGGUGUAAUGUGGAUAUUGUCUAUGAGUGUCAAUGCUCUGCUGGUAGCUCUGGUUACCAGGUUGUCCUUCUGUAGAUCCACUACAGUUAACAGCUAUUUCUGUGAUCAUGGGCCUAUCUAUAAGCUAGCCUGUAAUGAUAACUCUAUUAAUUCCAUAAUGGGUUAUGUCUGUACUGCUGCACUUCUUUAUAUUCCAUUGAUACUAAUUGCUCUUUCAUAUGUUUGUAUCGGUUUUGCACUUAAGAAAAUCUCACAUGGUGUUGAGCGAAUCAAAGCUAUGAAAACCUGCACCUCCCAUCUCAUAUUAGUAGCCAUGUUUUAUUUACCAAUAAUUGGUGUUUACACUGCAGCUCUAACAACAUCUUUAAAUACUAAUAUCAGAAUAAUCAAUACUGCCCUAACACAAACUAUUCCACCCAUGUUAAACCCCAUCAUAUACACACUAAAGACGGAGGAGGUUUCACAGUCUAUUAAAGCUCUCUACAAACGAAGCAAAGUGAACUCUGUAAUGCAAACAGCUGUCAAAAACAGAAAGGGCAAAAUACCUGUGACCUCAUGAGAGACAUGAGCAUGGGAUGUCCCACAAUAGUCCAUAUAUUCAUCAAUUUAUACAUUGGUGCUUGUUAGUUUUAUUGUACUGUAACAUUUUUGUGUGUAAUAGUGAUUUCAUAAAUGUGUAAUCAGCAGCUAUUUUCAUAGACUAUAAAUCAACACAAGGUAGCUACUGUUUAAAUAAAUAAAUAAAAACUCAUCACAUAUCCU